CGCGCCCGUGCGCCUGCAGCCCUGCUGCCUGCCCUGCCAGCUCGCCCCUGCGUCCGCAGCUGCCUGCUUGCGUGCCCGUGCACCUGCAGCCUUGCCUCAAGCUGCUAGCCUGCAACUGCUCCUGCAGCCCUCUCGGCCCUGCCUCAUCCUGCAUUCUUCGGCAGCAACUAAAAUCCUUAACUGCAAUCACCACCGCAGCCCCUGCUGCCCCGCAUCCGCUGCAUGCCUCUACUUAGAUUACUUCGCCCCAUCACGCCUGCAUCGACACGCGCGUGAUUCAAAACCAACAAGAUGUCAAAACUUGACUUUCCUAUCCUUGACUCAACUGGCUCGGAAUAUCAUAGUUGGGUCACGGAUGUUGAGAAUCAUCUCACUUCAAAAGGGAUCCUACCCGUAAUUCAGGCACCAAAUCCAGAUCUCUUAUUCGAGCGUACGGCUACGAAUAAUGCCACCGCCCUUAUUUUGAUAAGGCGCCACAUGGAUAAAUCACUCCGAUUGGAGUACAUGGCAAUCAAGGAUGCUAGAGAAUUAUGGGUUGCGCUAGAAGAGCGUUUUGGUAAUGUAAAGGAUACCCUCCUCCCUGACUUGAAAGUUCAAUGGAACAAUCUACGAUUUGCUGACUUCAAGUCUGUAGCUGAAUAUAAUUCAGAAGUUCUUCGCCUCAAGACCAUGUUGGGGUUCUGUGGACAACCUGUCACAGAGCAAGAACUAAUUGAGAAAACUCUCUCCACCUUCCCCGUCGCAGCUAUUUUGCUAUCAAAGCAAUACCGAACUGAAUUCAAUACUGGACGGCUCACGAGGUUUCAUCAGCUAAUUAAUAUUAUGUCUGUAGCUGAAAAGCAUGAUAAUAUCCUCGUGAAAAAUUAUAAUUCAAGGCCCAUCGGAACUAAGAGCGUUCAUGAGGCAAAUUAUAAUAAUGCACCCAAAGGAGGGCGCAAGGAGCGGAACCCUAAGAAUCAGGGACACAACGGACGUUCUGGUCCAUAUAACCGCCCUACAAAGGAAGGUACUCGUCAGAAUGAAGGACGAUCACGUGGCAAUACAUGGCAACGUGGGAGAGGAGGCCGUGGGGCUCCAGGACGUGGAGGAGCCACCCAAGGCCGUGGGAAUGGCGCCAACUCCUAUAAGGGACGCCACCCAAGUGCAAACAAUGCACCUCAAUUAAAGGGAGGAAAUCACAAUGACAUGUGUCAUCGAUGUGGAUCUAGUGAGCAUUGGUUCAAACAAUGCAAAGCAAGCAAACAAUUAGCUGCGCAUUACAAGGCAUUUAGAGACUUCAGAGAGCAUGAAGCCAAUCUUGCCGAAAAUAUACAAGAAGAAGAUGGGAUCCAGAGCGUCAAUGAUCCAGGUGGAGUCCUAGUUCCACUAGGAAAGCUAUUCUGCAGUUUCUGUGUGGAUGUUAUGCAGUUGGUUUAUUGUUCUUGA